AUGGAAGUGUCAAAUAGAGAGGUGAAGCAUAUUCUGGAGAAAACAGUAAGUGGAAAUAGGAAGGAUUGGGCCGGAAAGCUAGAUGACGCAUUAUGGGCAUAUCGAACUACAUACAAGACCCCCAUAGAGGUUGCUGCAACUCACGAGCUUGAUGAGUUCCGAUUGCACGCGUAUGAAAAUGCCAAAUUGUAUAAAGAAAAGACCAAGAGGUGGCAUUACAAGCACAUCCAACAUCGUGAGUUUGAGCCAGGUCAAGAAGUUCUCUUGUUUAAUUCGAGGUUGAAGCUUUUCCCCAGAAAGCUUAAGUCUCGAUGGGCAGGUCCUUUCGUUGUGGUAAGUGUGAGGCCUCAUGGAGCGGUAGAAUUGCGUGAUACGAGCUCAAGUGGUACCUUCUUGGUAAAUGGGCAGAGAGUAAAAUAUUAUUGGGGAGGUGACAUUGCACGUCACAAGACCUCGGUGGACUUGGCCGAUACUUGA